CUUACAUCCCUACUGCGAACAGCCGCCUACCCUACGGGCCUUAUGUAUGCGCAACUAAUACCGCAGUCAACAUUCGCUAGCCACACAGCUCUCCUACCCCGUAUAUAGCGACGCGCCCACCUUCCUGCGCGAAAGGCACCCUCCCACCGCAAUGGCCACCGCUUCUCCCACGCCGCUAGGCGGCUCAUCGUACGGACGCAUGCGCGCCCAUUCGAUAAUCCGACCGAGACGAGACUCUCCGCUCUCCGUUUUGGGGCAAUCCCAGGGCUUCUCGGCAGACGCGCCCAUGAUGCAGAACAUAAACAUUGGCGACAGCUCCGAUGACGAGAUACCGCAACCCAUGAAGCUGAGCGCUUUGACGACAGCGCUACUUGCGCAAAACGAUGUCAAUUCGCCUGAAAAGAGGAAGCCAAAGUUACGAAUAUCGCGCACCGGCUCGGGUUCGAAUACGCCAGUCCAUGACUCUGUUACUCCUGCGCCAAGUUUACGAAUAAAACGAGUGCCACUACGGGGUGCACCGAUGAGAAGGUUACGAAGGACACCUCAGAGUGAAGAGGAACAUCCGCCAUCGCAAGAUCAGGAGAACUUGCCAAUCUCGGUGAUCAAAGCCCAGCCUGAAAAUGUCCCCGAUUCCGUCCUGAAGGUGACCGGUUCAGUUAUGAAGGUCGCAGAGGAUCGCAAUAUGCAACCACUACCACAACAUGAAUCGCCUGUGCAGAGACAGUCACAGCAGCAACAGGAGCGGCCGAUGCCGUUACAAGCAUUAAGCGCGAAUACACCUCGGAGACCAGCUCCACCGCCACCACCGCCGAAGAUGUCCGUUUUGGAGACCGCUACUGCUGCCGCUGGAGCUGCCACAACGAAGACGAGAGAGAGACGGAAAAGGAGUACGCUGUCAGUGAACGGGAAGCAUUACUCGCAAAUGGACAGGAUAGGAAGAGGGGGCAGCUCUGCGGUGUAUCGUGUCAUGGCAGAGAAUUUCAAACUACUAGCGCUCAAGAGGGUGAAGCUAGAGGAUGCGGACGAAGCUGCAGUACGAGGCUACAAGGGCGAGAUUGACCUGCUGCAGAAGCUCAAGAAUGUAGAUAGAGUUGUACGGCUAUAUGACUGGGAAGUGGAUGAGCAGCGGCAGGUUCUGAGCGUGCUCAUGGAGAUCGGAGAGUCAGACCUUGCCCGCAUAAUACGAAUGAAGCUUGACCCUGCCGACGGGGACGGUAGACUCGACCUGAGCUUCACACGCUACUACUGGAAAGAAAUGCUCGAAUGUGUCGGCGCCGUGCACGAUCAUGACAUCGUGCACUCGGACCUAAAACCCGCAAACUUCCUUCUUGUCUCAGGCCGUCUCAAACUCAUCGAUUUCGGCAUCGCAAACGCCAUCGAAGUCGACCACACUGUCAAUGUACACCGCGAUUCACACAUCGGCACUCCGAACUACAUGUCCCCGGAAUCCCUAGAAGACUCUGCGGGCGGAGCGAGGGGACUACUAAGUAAUGGCAACGGGUCCAAGGAUAUGGCUCUAGGCAAACCAUCUGAUGUCUGGAGUUUAGGAUGUAUCCUGUACCAAAUGGUCUACGGCCGACCACCAUUCGCACACAUCACCAACCAAAUGGCGCGCGUCCUAGCCAUUGUAAAUCGCGACUACCAGAUCGAGUUCCCAGACCAUGGUGUGGGAGACGUCCGUGUUCCACCUGGUCUAAAAGCAACGCUUCGCCGCUGCCUAUUGCGUGAUCCGUCACGGCGGCCUAACGUCGCUCAGUUACUAGAAGAACGAGACCCCUUCUUGUAUCCCGACGGCGGGGAGGAUUUGCGAAUUCCGCAGGAAUUAUUAGGACAAAUCAUCCAGAGAGUCGCGGAUCGGUUCCGAGAUCCUAAUAAGGCGGCGCCCACGGACGAGGAGAUACGUCAGUAUCCUGCGUCCUUUUACGAAAAGAUAAGACAGCUGCUAGAGAGCGACUGACCCCUGUGUGUUGUUGUUGAUGCACUUUUUUGGAUUAUACGAAAACGUUUGUACUUUGGAGCACGGUGCCUUUUGGGAAAUUUUCUAUGUUUCAUGACCGGCGCUUUGAGGGUGUGUUUGGGAUCGAAAGUUGCUUUUUCUGCUGUUGGCCUACCUCUUAUUACCCCCCUUUUCACGGUCGCCUUUUUGAUCGUUCAAGCGUGCUUUGAAUAGCAUGGUGCGCGGCGCUUUUGUCUUGGGACUUAUGGUUUGCACUUUUGGCUACUUCAUGAUUAGUAGGUUUUUGUCUAUCACGGCUUUCUUGUAUAUACCCGUGUUGAGACUGGAAAGAAGAUUUUUUCGAUUGUUCAAUCAUUCUUUCAUGCUGCUACUCACCUUCCAAUCUGCUGUGUCUCAUCGAGGACAUUAACUCUACAUUCCCUU